AUGGUGAUGGUGGGGAAGAAAGGUGAUGUCUAUGGGUGGCAGCAUGGUGGUGGUUGUGGUGUUGGUUGUGGAGGUGGUAGUGGAUGUGGAGAUUUUGGAGGAGGUGGUUGUGGUGGUAGUGGUGGUGGUGGUGAUGGUGGUGGAGGUGGAGGUGGAGGAGGUGGUGGUGGAGGUGGAGGUGGUGGUUGUGGUGGUGGUGAAGGUAGUGAAUGUGGUGGUGCAAGUGAUAGAGUUGGAUGUGAAAGUGGAGGUGGUGUCAUUUUUUAA